AUGUCUGAUAAGGCACCAGGCUCGGGAAUGCCAAUAUGUCGUCUGCUGGUCUUCAUGUUCUGCUGUGCAUGGCCCGUACGUGGACUAAAACCACUGGAAACAGCUGUAAAGUCACAAGCGAAAGUUCUAGAAGACACAGUGGCCAAAGAGUUAAUGAAAGCAGUAGAUAAACACUUCGAGAAACUGACAUCUCGGAUUGCAACUUUGGAGAACACCCUGUCCAGCAUGCAGUUUUAUUCCAUCAGACAGUUCAAUCAAAUCAGCGGAAGCUUACAGAGUACGAACAAUGACUUGGGGACUGUCAGGAAACAGGUCAGCCAAAUGGAGAUCGAUGGUCGAUCUCAGAAAAUUGGGCUCAGUUUGCUGGGCCGGGAGAUCUCUGAGCUCAAGAAGGGCACAUCCGACAUGCUCAGUGAGUUAGAAUCUAGCAUGAUAUAUGUACAUGAGAACAUUGACAAGCAGGACAGCCUAAUUAAGGCCGUUUUAGAAGAAACAGUGAUCCAGACAGCUCGAGAGACCACGGCCCAAAUUUCUAAACAAAUGGAAGAGAUGCUUCUCAAUGCUGAAGCAAUGCAGGCGAAACUGGUCAAUUGUUCUGUUGAUUUCUCUAGCGUCAUCGAGCACGUAGAUCUCCGCUUCUUAGAGCUGAAAAAACAAAGUCAUGCUCAGCUUUUGAAACAAAUAAACAGUGUUAAAUUAGAUCUGAAAAAGAACAUGUGCCCUUAUGGGGACGAACGCAGCCCUCACAAGGAAAGGCUUACAUGUGACUGUAAGAAUGUAUCUGGAAAGAUUAUAGAAACAAGUUUAUACAACAAUCUUACUAAACACACUGAUAAAGUGGGUAGAACAGAAGAUAUAACAACUCCUAGUAAAAGGCUUAUAACACCAGACACAAGCAGACAUGUGAGCUCAUCCACUGAAAUUAACGUACCAUAUAAGACAACACAAAUGUUCAGCGAGAUGGAAGAUCUAACAACUGAAAAAGCCACACAUGAAAAAGGGUUUACAACCACGUUACCUAAAGUCACAUCAACCUUUACCAGUACACCAGAGUAUGAAUCAACCCAAAAUAACAGAUUAGAUAAGCUUUUUACUGAACGCAACAAAUUACAAGAGCUGUCGACUCAAAGCAACAGAUUAAAAAAGCUAUCCUCUGAGUACAACAGACUGAAUGAACUAUCCACUCAGUACAGCAGAUUAGAUGAAUUACCCUCUCAAUACAACAGAUUAGAUGAACUAUCGACUCAAAGAAGCUUUUUUGAAGAUACAGCUGUUACCACCAGUCGUGGGGAUGUUUCAACUCAAGCAAGCAGCCCUGACUAUCCCGCUCACAUUCCCCAGGAUGGGAGCAGAACUGCUCAAGCUGAGGACGAUGAGAAGAUUAUGCAGGCUCUCUACAACAUGACUACCAGUGUUCUUCAAGCUGUGAGUUAUUUUCGCAAUACCGGUAGAAUGAUGGAGCAGAUUUUAUCUAAUACAGACAUGCUGGUGGUGAAACAACACCAAAGACUAGAUGAUGGCAGCGUCAAAGGUCCUGUAUCUUCAAACUAUGGAGACUAUGAUUCUGCUAACGUGAUUCCUGGUUCUGAUCAUGUGGAAGGACAUCAGAGGUACGACAGCCAGUCAUCUGCAGCAGAGAGUAGCCUUUCCAGAAACAUACUGGAGAACGUUGCUACUUUAGUGGCAAAUAGCAGUCAGUUGUUAGAGGUUAUAACUGAUCUGGCUCAGAUGAGCUCUGUGUCUCUGAUCAAGGUCACGUCUGUCUUGGAGGACGAAGUGAAGCGUCUAGAAGGGUUGAGGACGCACAUGGCAACUACUGUCUUAAACAGAGUCUCAGAAAGCCAGGCAGAACCUGUCCAUACACUCACUAACGCCACGCAGAGAACUUUCAAGCUGGUUGAAGCUGUUGCCUCUAACACAGGAUGGAUUCCGUUAAUCUUUCACAGCGUCCAGCAUCUUGAAUCUCUAGCAAAUCGUUCAUUAAAUGUUGCAACACAAAGUCAGAAGAUCAUAAGUCAGGUUCAACAAACGAUGACCAACGGGGAUUCCAGUAAGAAAGCUGGUUUGAUCAAGGAUGAUCCCAUAAUCAGCAACAGGAUACCUCGCACACUUGGCCAAGUAGAAUCUCCACCUAAUAAAAACACAUCUUUGAAAUCUGAGGAUAUCCUCAACAAAGCUUAUUUUGAAACAAUCCACAGCACCAGCCUGCAGCUGAAGAGAAUCAUGCCUGCCUUGACCAAGUUGUUGUCUGAACGUGGGCCUCUGGUAACACUGGUAGGCGGCAGUCGCCAGGAGGAAGGCCGAGUGGAGAUCUACCAUAACGGUCUAUGGGGAUCCUUAUGUCACGUGAAUUUAACCCACUCGGAGGCUGAUAGCAUAUGUCGCCAUCUUGGUUUUGAAGGCGGUAUCUCUGCUGGGCCCGGCCAUUUUGGUCCUGGGUCAGGCGUCACGUGGGUCUUCAAUGCUUCGUGUCUGGGUGCAGACUCCUGCUCAUUGGUGACCUACACAGAAGAAUCUGGUCACUGUAAUCAUGACCUGGAUGCUGCAGUUCUGUGCGAUCACAUGCUGAGAAUCGUUUCCUCGAAUGGUUCCACAGAUACCAACGAGGGAAGGCUAGAGAUCUAUCAUAAGAAUGCUUGGCUUCCUGUCUGUGCUGACGGCUGGACUGAUAGCUCUGCAAGGGUAGCCUGCCAACAGAUGGGAUUCUCCAGCGGUUACUGGCUAUCCUUAACAAAGUCGGUUUCCAACGAGAACUCUACGUUCCUGGGAAAGACCGUUUGUGGUGGGCUAGAAACCAGACUGGACAUUUGUCCUAGUGAUGGAUGGACAGACUCUUGUAGUGGACACAAGGCAGCUGGAGUUAGUUGUCUAUAA